AUGUCAUCAUCAUCAUCCUCAAAAGUAAUAUUAAAAAGUUGUUACUCCAUAAGACCUAAGGAACCAACAUGGCGUGGUUGUAUACCAUUAUCCAAAUGGGAUCAAAUUGGAAUCAUAACACAUGUGCCAACAAUUUACUUUUACCACCCUCCACAAAACUGGCUUACCUCCCCCUCUAAAAUCUCCACCACUUUGAAAGACUCAUUAAGCAAAGUUCUUGUGCCAUUUUAUCCAUUAGCAGGUCGUUUACAAUGGAAAGAAAAUGGUCAUUUUGACCUCGAAUGCAACUCAUUGGGUGUUCAAUUCAUUGAAGCGCAAUCUUCGUUAGCAUUAUCUGAACUCAAUGAUUUUUCACCUUCUUCUGAAUAUUAUCGUUAUCUCAUCCCGCAUGUUGAUUACACGGUUCCAAUUCAAGACAUUCCUUUGAUUUUUGUUCAGCUCACGAAUUUCAAAUGUGGCGGUGUUAGCAUUGGUUUGUUAGUUUCACAUGCAGUCGCUGAUGGACAAAGUGCAUUGCAUUUUACUUCUGAGUGGGCACGACUUGCACGUGGCGAAACUAUAAAAACAACACCAUUUUUUGAUAGGAGUGUUGUGUUGUUAAAAUCGCAUUGUUGUAAUGGUGUUAAUGAAUGGGAGUUUAAUCAACCUCCAUUAUUGUUGGAAGAAUCAGAUAUCAUUGAAGAAAAGAAGCAAAAAUCGACAGUGGCUAUAAUAAAAGUGAGUAAAGCACAACUUGAAAAGUUGAGAAAUACAGCAAAUGAGAAAUCUAGUAAUGGUCGAGGUUUUACAAGGUAUGAAAUAAUGACCGGUCAUGUUUGGAGAAGUGCAUGUAAAGCUAGAGGACAUAGAAAUGACCAACCAACUGUGCUUGGUGUUUGCGUUGAUUGGAGGAAUCGUGUGGAGCCUAGUUUACCAAAAGGUUAUUUUGGGAAUGCAACAUUGGAUGUUAUGGCAACUAGUCUUGCAGGUGAUUUAGUGUCUAAGCCUUUGGGAUAUGCUUCGAGUAGAAUAAGGGAAGCGAUUGAGAAAGUGAAUGAUGAAUAUGUGAGACAAGUGUUUGAUUAUUUUAAGAAACAAGAGGAUUUAACUAAAUUUCAAGAUCUUCAUGCAAUGAUAGGAAAUGAUAAUGAUGAUGAUGAUAAAGGGUCUUUUUAUGGGAAUCCUAAUUUAUGUGUUGUUAGUUGGUUAACAUUGCCUAUUUAUGGACUUGAUUUUGGAUGGGGAAAAGAGGUUCAUAUGGGACCAGGAACACAUGAAAUUGAUGGAGAUUCUUUGCUUCUUCCUAGUCACGAGGAUGAUGGAUCUUUGUCGGUUGCUAUUUGUUUGCAAGAGGUUUAUAUGGAUGCCUUCAAGAGGCAUUUUUAUGAAGACAUUGUGUGA